UUUGGGUGUUUUCGUGCUGUCUUUGUACUAUUUUGACAAGCCGUACUCCGCAGAAGAAGCUAGCGAUCUUUUGUUGAGCUUGCUAAUACGUCUGGUGCCAUUAUUGCGUGGUCCUCGUUGCAUGACACGUUCCCUAUUCAGAAGCCGCUACCUUUGAUCGUCGUUCGGCACAGCCUCGGAGCUACCACAGAUCUCUCGAGCCUCGACUCUGUUAACAUCUCAUCUGGAGACCUCAUUUCUGUCCUCGACGCAAAUAUCUUGAAACCACGCUACUAUGCCAACCAUGUGGUUAUCCGACAAUCAGAAGAUCGGUGUCAUCUUUUGCUCCGCGGGGGGUAUCUUCCUCUGCGGAGGAGUGGUGAUGUUCUUCGACCGGUCAAUGCUCGCAAUGGGAAACAUCCUCUUCCUCAUCGGCCUGACCCUCAUAAUCGGCGUCGAAAAGACCUUCGCCUUCUUUUCCCGCCGCCAGAAGCUCAAAGGCACAGCCGCCUUCGUCUUCGGAAUCCUCCUCAUCCUCUUCCGCUGGCCGCUCACGGGCUUCCUGAUCGAGCUGUACGGCCUGUUCAUCCUCUUCGGCGACUUCUUGACUACGAUCGGCCAGUUUGCGGGGAACAUCCCCGUUGUGGGGCCCUAUAUCCAGCGCACGUUGGAGAUCCUAGCUGGGGGGAGGAGUAACGCCGAGCUGCCUGUAUAGUUCUGGACUCUAUGUUAUUGUAUCUUCACUCCAGAUCUUAGGGUGUUUCUUUUUGGAACAUGGGAAUCAGCGAUGAGUUUAUGUGUGUAUAUGACUAUGCGAGCUUUGUUGUUAUAUGGUAGUUCUCGAUGGGAUGCACAUCCGGUCCUGAAUUGGCGAUCGAUUGAUUGAUUGGUUGGUUGGUUGGUUGCUUGCAUGGCCCGGUGUACGAUGGUGCGUGCAUUAGUUGCUCGUCUGAGCGUGAGACGGGACUGGGACGGGGUAAAAGUGGUAUAAUUUGCUUCCAGAUAUAGAAUUUGUAAUUACUAAUGAUCGUAUAUGUUUAUACGAAC